AAACAUAGAAUUUAGAGUAACUAAGGGUAGCAAAGAAAAAUGGUUAAAAAACCAGUGAUUGAUGAAAAUGGUUUGAAGAAAGGUGCAUGGAGUCCUGAAGAAGAUAAUAAAUUAAGGUCUUAUAUUCAAAGAUAUGGCCAUUGGAACUGGAGAGAAAUUCCCAAAUUUGCAGGUCUAGCAAGAUGCGGGAAGAGCUGCAGAUUGAGGUGGAUAAACUAUCUUAGGCCUAAUGUAAAGCAUGGUGAUUUUUGUAAAGACGAGGAAGACCUUAUCAUCAAACUCCACAAGCAACUAGGUAACAGGUGGUCCAAGAUAGCAGCCAGUUUACCAGGCAGAACAGACAAUGAGAUCAAGAAUUAUUGGCACACCCAACUCAAAAAACGUGUUUGUGACCAACAUAUUUGGACAACUGACAAGAAACGAAAGCGAAACUUCACCAGAAAAUCUUUAACACAAAAACUUCAAAUAAUUCACAACAAUAAUCAGAACAAUAAUUAUGACAGUAAUUUAGACCUUGAUUUUACCCAAACUAAUCCACAAAUCCUAGAAAGUUGUCCAUUAUCACCACAACUCUCGGGAAAUAAUUCACAAAACUUGAGUUCUAACUCGGAAACUUAUGUUGAUACGUCUUGUAACACUACUACUGACCAUGAUUGUAACGACUUGGCUAGUACCGCGGUUAAAACAUUAUGCCUAAGCUCUUUGGACUCGAUGGGAUCGGUGUUACUCGACGAAUCUUUCUGGACCGAGCCAUUUGCCUUGGAGACUUCGGAGCAAUAUUAUUGCAAUCUUGAUUUGAGUGUAUUAGAUGAAGGAAUGUCGUUUUCUCCAGUUACGUCUUACUGGGAAAAUAUGGACUUUCUCUACUCUUUUUCUUCAGAUGUUGAUGCCAUUAUCCAAUGAGGAUUUGAUGAUGCUCACUUUUAAUUUGCACGUGUGUUUUUAUCCUAAUUUGUAAGAAAAUUUUUCACGUUUAAAAGAAUGGAAAUAAUUUGUUUCCCAUUUCAAUUGUGUUAUGCGUGAU